AUGCUGUGCUGCCUGCUGCUCCUCACCCUGCUGCUGGGGGCUGCCCUCCCAGCGCCUGUGUACCAGAGCUACUCAGUUCCUGAGGAUUUCUCUGCUCCCCUGGAGCUUCCACAGAAGCACUUUGGCCUGGUGGAUGAUUAUGGCAUCAAGCCCAAGCAGCCUCGCUUCAGAACGUGGGUGGCCCCGGAGCGGCCGGCGCAGCUGCGCAGAGCUGGCAAAAGCAAACGUGACGGGCUGGACUUGCUGGAGUACUACGAUGAUGGGCGCCUGUGA